AUAAAAAACUUGUAUCAGCUUAUCAAAAUUUAAGAAUUCAAAAGAAAAUUAAUGAUAAUAAAUGGUUUGAGGAGAGUGAAGAUGAUAUUCUAUUAAGAUCUAAGCUAAAUAGGCCUACUCUUCCUUCCACUUCAUCUACAUCUAGAAAUAAUGACUACAACUAA